UUAUAAAGGUGAUAAGAAUCUUUGUGUGUCGUUUUUUUUUUGCCCGCUGUGCGUAAGAGAAAAGCUGUGCGUGUUUUGUUUUUAAAAAGCUUUCAGUGCAUGAGACGCGUGUUGGCUUCGGCUCGAGGCUUCAUUAAGUCGCAAACUCAGAGAACUUGCACACACAGCGCUCACGUUGUUUGCUGCUUGGACACGUUGGCAACGUUGUCACAGCGAUGGAUUCACCAACACCGCCAAUUGUCAUCGACGAUUCGAACGGUUCAGCAAUGGACGCUUGCUUCACGGCAUUCGACAAGGAUGGCGAUGACCGCCUGAAUCUGGCUGAGUUUACGCUAAUCUGCCGUGCACUGUUCCGCAAUGACAAGGGGCACAUCUAUGAUGUGCCACACGAACGCCUCGAGCAAAUAUUCGCUGUCUUUGAUACGAACGGCGAUGGCUUCAUCGAUAGGGAGGAGUUUAAAUUUUGCUGGAAUCAAUGGAUAAAAACGAUUGUGCGACCGGUGAACGCGUUUCUCAUUGUUGAUGUACAAAAUGAUUUUAUAAGUGGUUCCUUGGAUAUAAGUAAUUGCAGUGCACAGCAGCAAGGACAUGAGAUACUCGAGCCCAUUAACAAGCUGUUGGAUACGGUGGAUUUUGAUGCUGUCUUCUACUCGCUCGACUGGCAUCCCAGCGAUCAUGUUUCAUUUAUUGAUAAUGUCAAAAUGCGGCCCAUGGACGAAUCAUCUGCGCUGGAUGCCGAUUCGGCCAAGGUCUUUGAUACGGUCAUCUUUGCUGGGCCGCCGCCGAUGAAGCAGCGCCUGUGGCCGCGUCAUUGUGUGCAGGAUUCGUGGGGUGCUGAGCUGCACAAGGACCUGAAAGUGGUGGAUCAUGGCAUCAAGGUGUACAAGGGCACCAAUCCCGAGGUGGAUUCGUAUUCGGUAUUCUGGGACAAUAAGAAACUGUCGGAUACCACGCUGAAUGCACAGCUUAAAAUGAAGGGCGCCACGGAUAUCUAUGUGUGCGGCCUGGCCUAUGAUGUCUGUGUAGGCGCAACGGCUGUGGAUGCUCUAUCCGCCGGCUAUCGCACCAUUUUGAUAGAUGACUGUUGCCGAGGCACCGAUUUCCAUGACAUCGAGCACACCAAGGAGAAGGUGGUGACCAGCGAUGGGGUCAUUGUGCACACCAAUGCGGUCAAAGCCAUGGCUGAGGGUCGGGAUCGUCGCCCCGAGCUAGGCUAUAAGCUGGCCAUGGAGCUCAAGAGUCCCGAUUCGGUGCUUUCGCAGCGCAAUGGCUUCAGACCCAGCUACUAAAUUGGCUGGCAGCUGGGAGCUGGCUAAAGGUAUAAAGACAUCACAAAUAACACAAGCUAAGCAAUCACAUGUGGACGAGAAGCUCCUGGAGUUGAAAAUAUGACAGCUAGCUUAUAUAGUUAGUUAAACAAUAGUGCGUUUUAGACAAAGAAAAAAAAAUAGAGAAAAACACCUACCAAGUGCCUUUUCAUAAAGUAGUUUAGCCAGCUUUUGCUAAGAUUUUGAAAUUUAUCCAAACGUUUCUAUGGGCUUACAAGGAAUUUGGUAACGUUUUAAAGAAUAUUCUUUUGAUAGAGUACUUAAUACCAUCUAAUAUCAAUAGUUGACCUUCAAUUUGUCUAUUGACUGCUUAAGUAUUACAAAGUAUCGAAACUCUCUUAACUCGCGCAGCACUAUGGCAAAUGUUGUAUAUGGCACCUGUUUUAGGUAUUACGAAAACCAAGAAAAAAAUCUAUUUAUAUGAUGAAUGUUUCCCAGUUAAUAAAAUGUAGAAAACUUUUGUUUAACAUAAGCCACAAGGACAUGAUGAGCUUUGUACAAUAGGUGCAAGUACUUAAAAAAAUGCCUACAAGAAAUAAAAAUCAAUCUUUUAAACAAA